ACACGCCACAGCUGUUCACCUCGCGUAUUAUUUUCACUUGAAAACAAUAUAAUAUCUCGUUAGUAAAUUCGCACCACAGAUAUGAUAAUCGAUCAAGCGUGCGGUGUGCGGAGAGCCGCGAAAAUAUCAUAAGCUCAGCAACAGGUACCGUUCCCAAUCACUGAAGUAAUAGGAAAAUGUUCUCUGUUUACAAUAUGCAUCGCGUGAGAGCAUGAAGUACUACAUUCACGUUUAAAACGGUAUUUAAAUAUUAAAGAGCAAUGCAAAUCGACUAGUUUCCAGCGUGGCUGGGUUUGUGAAGUGACUGAGUCACCCCCGAUGGCAUCGAACUUGAAAACGGAGGGUAAAAUGAGUGCCUUAUGGGAAUCAAGUGCUUUAAUGAUUGAUGUGGUGCUAUAUAUAGGCCUCGAAGUUUGUCGUGGUAGCUUGCUGGAAUGAAUUAUUUUGACCCUUUUUUGUAAUAUAUGGGAUUAGACACAUACAUGUUCCAUAAUAUGAACACGUACAACAAAAUGAUUAAUGUGUGUGACUUCACUUUAGUGGCCGUAUGGUUUCUGCUUCUCGGGAAUGGAAACGUUCAGUAUACUGAAGGAGUUAUGUUACCUUUUGGUACUGGAGAAGGUGACAUCUUUCUUCGUAACGCUGAUGACUAUUCGCAUGAGGCAGUAACUCUGUUAAGGAAUUUUACCUUCUUGGGUAAAAGCUUUCAAAAACUUUACGUCAAUACAAAUGGUUUAAUCUCAUUCAAGAAUCCUCUACCGACUUUCUCUACCGAGACGCUACCCGUCGCGGACACGCCCUUCGUGGCGCCUUACUGGGCGGACGUGGACACGCGCGAUUUUGGCGCCAUAAGUUUUCGUCAGCUGUCGUGGAGCGGAAGCGACGACGCCAUUUUGAAUCAAGUUACUGAGAUCAUUCGAUCAGCCUUCGUAGAUCAGCAGGAUCUUUCGGUUGACUGGAUCUUCAUGGUAUCGUGGAAUAAAGUGGGAUUCAAUGCUCAGAUCGAUUCUUCUCGAGUACGUUGUAGAAUAUUUUUCCUAUUUAAUUAUGUCAUUGCAUAACUUGAGACUAUGUUU